AUGGGCGCGGUUCAUCUAUACCUCAUUCGCCACGGCGAAUCCGUCGAUAACGUCGCGAACCUCUAUGCUGGGUCUCGCGAUGCACCUUUGACGAACCAUGGCGUCUUGCAAGCCAAGCGCCUGGGUGAACACCUAGCGACACGAACCGCUGCAGCUCCGGCCCCAAUCACGCACGUCUUUUCGUCGAACCUCCAAAGAGCCCACCGCACUGCGAUGCUGGUAGCGCCGGUUUCCCCGACCCCCUCGCCUCAAACUGGCGAUGCCGAUGCCCUGGCAUCGUCCAAGCUCCGUGAGAAACACUUUGGGACAGGCGAGGGUCAGAGUUUCGGCGCCCGUUCGUCUGGAGACAGACACGAAGGCGCCGAAGACCACGACUCGAUGCGCGUGCGUGCGGAGCGGUUCGUGGACGAGUACCUCGCUCCCCUCUUCGCUUGCGUCGAAGGGGAGCGGGAUGAAGAACAAGAAGGCGGCAGCAUUGGCACGGAGAGCAUCAUCAUCGUCGCCCAUGGCAUCAUCCUGGGCGUGCUGGCGAGGGUUCUCCUUGCCGCUGGCAACUUUGGGUCUCUAGCAACCGGUACGUCGGAUCAGCAGCAGCACUUUUCGUGGAGCAACACCGGUUAUCUGUUGAUGCGUGUCAAGACGAUGCCGCCGGCAGUCGAUGCGAAAGAGUCUGCUGCUGGUUCGCGAGGCGGCACGCAGAACGCCAAAUGGCCCCACUUGAAGCUCGAAAUUGUGGAAGUCAACUGCACCGAUCACCUCCGCGGGUUGAAAAAGACGCGCGGAGGGAUUGGCAGCGCAAAGUUUGACGAGAAGCAGAAGACGCUCAGCGCGUUCUUCAAACCAACUGCAUCCAAACGGAAGCACGAGGACAGCUGA